AUCUGGUGUCUCUCUCUGUGGCUUUACUGAUCAAACAUCUACAGAUCUUCUGGUUUCUGUCUGUAAUGAAGAUCAGAAGACAUCAGUGAAUCUGCUGGACUGUGGGAUAGAAGUGAAACAAGAAGACACAGAAGCAGACGAAGGUGAUUUGUUUUAUUCAGAUCAGAAAGUGGAAAACGAGGAAAUUUCACAACUCGAUGAAAUGGAGGAGAAUCCUCAUCAUUUGAUACCCAAAGAAGAAUCUCUGAGUUGCUCGAUUACUGUGAGGAAUUUGUCACCUAAAAGGAACAACAAGCAAAAGGCAACAGCCAAAAAUUCUCUUAUUUGCCUUCAGUGUGGAAAGACAUUUCCCUAUAAAUAUAAACUUAUUAAGCACAUAAGAAUUCACACUAAAGAAAGGCCUUACAGAUGUGAUCAGUGUGGAAAACGUUUCAUGAUUAAAUGUCACCUUACUGAGCACAAGAGAAUCCACACUGGAGAAAAGCCUUACACCUGUGAUCAGUGUGAAAAGAGUUUCAUUCGUAAGUCGGAACUCAACAGGCACAUGAGGAUUCACACUAAAGAAAGGCCUUACAGAUGUGAUUGGUGUGUAAAACGUUUCACGAUUAAAUGUCACCUUAAUGAGCACAAGAGAAUCCACACUGGAGAAAAACCCUACAGAUGUGAUCAGUGUGGAAAAACCUUUACUCGCAAGUCAAGCCUUAAUAAGCACAUGACAAUUCACACUGGGGAAAAGCCUUACAGCUGUGAUCGGUGUGGAAAAAGUUUCAGUAAUAAAUGGCACCUUAAUUACCACACGAGAACCCACACAGGAGAAAAACCUUACAGAUGUGAUCAGUGUGGAAAACAUUUCCUGAAUAAAUGUAACCUUAAUGAGCACAUGAGAACCCACACUGGAGAAAAGCCCUACAGAUGUGAUGAGUGUGGAAAUACCUUCACUCGCAAGUCAAGCCUUAAUAAGCACAAAACAAUUCACAAUGAGGAAAACCAGACCCGGUACAUGUUCAUCAUGAGAGAUCAGAUGGAUAAAGAGGUGGCGUUACUGGAGUCAAAGCUCAGACAGAGAGAUGAACUCAACACAAAGGAUAUAUCUGGUGUCUCUCUCUGUGGCUUUACUGAUCAAACAUCUACAGAUCUUCUGGUUUCUGUCUGUAAUGAAGACCAGAAGACAUCAGUGAAUCUGCUGGACUGUGAGAUAAAAGUAAAGCAAGAAGACACAGAUGAAGAUUAUUUGAAUUGUUCAGAUCCGAAACCGGUAAAGGAGGAAAUUUCACAACUCAAUGAAAUGGAGGAGAAUCCUCAUCAUUUGAUACCCAAGGAAGAAUCUCUGAGCUGCUCGAUUACUAGGAGGAGUUUGUCACCUAAAAGAAAAAACAAGCAAAAGGCAAAUGCCAAAGAUUCUUUUAUUUGCCCUCAGUGUGGAAAGACCUUCAAAUAUAAAUGUAAACUUAAUGAGCACAUGCAAGUCCACAAUGGAAAAAAACCUUACAGCUGUGAUCAGUGUGGAACGGCCUUCUCUCGCAAGUAUAGCCUUCUUGUUCACAUGAGAAUUCACACUGGAGAAAAACCUUGCAGAUGUGAUCAGUGUGGAAAGACCUUCACCUAUGCAUAUAAACUUAUUGAACACAAGAGAAUUCACACUGGAGAAAAUCCUCACACAUGUGAUCAGUGCGGAAAGACCUUCAGGAAUAAAUGGAACCUUACUGAGCACAUGAGAACCCACACUGGAGAAAAACCCUACAGAUGUGAUGAGUGUGGAAGGACCUUCAAGAAUAAAUGCUACCUUAUUGUUCACACGAGAACCCACACUGGAGAAAAGCCUUAUAGCUGCGAUCAGUGUGGAAGAACCUUCAAUCACAAGUCUUGCCUUAAUACUCACAUAAGAAUUCACACUAGAAAUGAUUCUUACAGCUGUGAUCAGUGUGGAAAGACCUUCAAGAAUGCAUUCUACCUUAAUGAACACAUGAAAAUUCACACUGGAGGAAACCCUUUUAGAUGUGAUCACUGUGGAAAGGGUUUUAUGCGCAAGUACGAUCUCAACAGGCACAUAAGAAUUCACACUGGAGAAAAACCUUUUAGAUGUGAUCAGUGUGGAAAGGGCUUCACUAAUAGAUGGCCCCUUAAUGAGCACAUGAGGUAUCACACUGGAGAAAAACCUUACAAAUGUGUUCAGUGUGAAAAGAGCUUCAUUCGUAAGUACCAUCUCAAAAGCCACAUGAGAAUUCACACUGAAAAAAAUCUUUAAAAAGCCCCUACGAUUCACACUAGAAAUGUGUCAAACAUGAGAUAAUGAUAUUAACCGAAUGCUCUUGGCAUGUAUUAUUUGAUCAUUAAACACUUUUUCUUCAAAUGAGCUUAAUCCCAGCAUCAGGUCAUUCGGAAAUACUGGUUUGUAGGCAGAAUCCAUUAAGAGUCUGAUAGAAAUGCUCAUUUAUAAGAAAACACAUCAGAGGGUUUUAAAUCCCAAAGUUCAUGCUGAAUUGAGUUAUCAUCUUUUACAGAAAUCACUUUGAACUUGUCUAAAUUAACUGGUUCUCGCCACGACCAUAUCCGUUGUUGUGUAAAAUGCAAAUUAUCCAACCUUUGAAUCCUAGAAUUUUAACCAAUUUUAUGUGUAAUCCUUAAGAAUGUUAGAAAGCCGUGUUAUGUUCUGUCAUUUUUUUUACUCUAAGUGUUGCUUCAAUGCAAAGUAUUAUAAUCACUGAGUUGGGAACAUAUGCAUGACUGCUCUUAAAUGCAUGUUUAACAAAAAAGAAACAUGUACGUAAGAAAUAAUUAACGAUGGGCCAUUGUAUUAUAAAAUAUAAUGCACACCCAAGGUGGUUACAUCGCGGGUGUGCCUUAUUUUCACAUAAUUCAAAGUACCGGAGUCAAUUAUUCCGCUUAUACCACGGUGACCACAAACAUUGCUCUGGUGCCUAUUUUUUAAGACAUUUGACAGGUUAGCUGUGCGGUUUACAGAAAAAAAAUCUACAUCCAUGGAACAUUUCUUAGCCAAUCAGCAUUCAACAGGCAAUCUUACUUAAAGGCACACCAUGAAACUUUUUGGCCACUAGGGGGUGCUAGACAUGUAUUUUUCACUUCUAGCGCCCCUAGAGCCCACAAGCGCCGCAGCACUGUCGCAAAGGAAAGGAACUGGCCAACCUUAAAACUAAACUAAAAACUAAACCUUUAAAACGCUAAAAGAUCAACAUUUUAAGACAACAGGGAGAAACGCAGUCAUGUUACAACUUUCUGAUGAGGAACUCGUCGUGGCAGAAGCCAUGUCUCAAUCUGAAGGUUGCAGCCUCCAGAUGUCGUAUUUCUAAGCUGUAUACGUCAUCAAGACAGUCUUAUUUCACAAUAUUAACAAUUACAAAGUUGACUAUUAUACUUAGUUAAUCGUAAAUUGUUGCAGUAUGCUUAUGACUUACGAAUGUAAUGCUCAGUUUACCUUAAUAAACCAGGCUUGAUGACGUAUUCAGCCUGCAUAUUUGACCUCCGGAGGCUGCAGCCUUCCAAUUGAGAAACGACCAGAAGUAUUUCCUUGCCUUUUCCCGAACAAAUAUUGUUGCAUCGUCUCUCUCUCUCCCUCGCCACCAGGAUUUUCCGCAGUGGCGCUUGUUUUUCCUCUCUUUUGUGUGAAAAUUGUCGCUCCAAAUCCAAGUAAACCGAUGUGGUCCAAGCAGACCUAAAGGCUGCCGCUUUGUAAUACGUCACGCGAGUGACAGCGGAACGCAGCAAAUGAGGAAGAGAGAAGAGAGAAACGCUCGGAUCUGAUUGGUGAAUGAAUAGGGUUUGGUUUUACACUGUGUGAGUUUGACUGCUAUAGCAUCCUGGAUUGUAAUGUAAAUAUCAUAGACACAGUAAAAGAAAGGUAAAUACGCGAACACCGCAUGUGAAUACAGGGAACUAUAUGCAAGAUAAUCGCCGUCAUUUAUAAAGAACAUCGCAUUUAUGUAUGAAUCAAGAGUUUAUAUAAAAAAUUGCCUUAAAGGGGAAUCGAACCCGGGUCGCCCGUGUCAUAGGUCCGUGACACUAAAGACUGUGCCACAGAGUCACAUAAUAGAAGCUGCUCUCUACAUUCCUUAAGUAGCCUCCAGCAAAAUUCACGUUAAAAACAAAUUAUGUGGAGGAAGUGACGUAUGCCGUAAAGCAGUCGAAUUUUGUAGUUUUUUUGGUGCUCUGGUUACUACCAGAAACCCUAAGUUUUAAAAUACGAGUAAAAGUGAUACAGACCCCGUCAGGCUAUGGUAGACAUGUCAUUCAACCUAUUUAAAGUCGAGGUACUAUCACAAGGGUCUUGAAAAUUUAUUAUGAAGGUUGAAAAAUUACAUGGUGUCACUUUAAGGUUUUGAGUUUAUUAGAGUAAAGUAGAGAGAUUGAUGCAUGUAUUAGAUAGAAAUAAAGCAUAAGAGAUACAUUACCCUUUAAUGCAUGAUUUGCAGACUUGUCGUCGGAGAAGAAUGCGCAGAAGAAGAAACUUCGUUGUAUACGUAUAAUGAUAUCAGGGGCGUUCUCCAGUAAAUGUAAGAUCAAAGAAUCAAAGGCGUUACAAGGGCCCCUGGAUAUGAUCAAAGAACUUGGAGUUGAGACCUUGUCUAUAAAUUGAUGCAGCUGGAGAACUUGAACAGAUCUGGAUGCCGCCAGCAUCUCCGUUGUCUGACAGCCUGAAACUCAAAUGCUUUUUGAACUUUAGACUUAGUUGUAGACUCUGUAUUUUUGUUUCAUUUUUACUUUCUUUUUUUAUUCAAUUCGGGAGAACUAAAUUGUAUAAAUACAUUUUAUUAAAGACAAGAAGAGGUC